UAAACUAAAAGAAUAAAGUUCAGUGAGAGCGAAAAGAAGAGAGAAGAAUUAGAAAAUAAACUCUAAAAGCAAAAGAAAACCAAAAAUUAAAAUGUUUACCAAAAUCGUAAUAACUUUGAUGGUGUUGGGCGCCACUUUGGGCCCAUUGAAUGCCAAUCCCACCGAUGAACUCGAUUGCCCACAAAUCUGUCCGGCCUUGUAUGCCCCCCUCUGUGCCACCGAUGGCAAGAUGUACAAGGAGUUCAGCAAUCCCUGUGAAUUGAAGGCCAGCAAUUGUCGCCGGCAAAGGAAUUCAUUGACACCCUUCGCUGCCACUGCCAUGGACUGGUGCAGCACGGAAUUUGUGGAUACCAUAGAAAAUCUGUUUGUAAAAUUGAACAACUUGGAUCUCACCACCUCCAAGUGUUUGAAACCCUGUGCCAUGAUCUAUCAGCCGGUGUGUAUUUCCAAUGGCAAAUAUCGUGCCUUGGCCAGCAAUGAAUGUAUGAUGGAGACCAUCAACUGUGCCGUGGGCAAUGAGAAGGCCUUCAAAGUUCUCCAACAAGGAAGCUGUUAAAUGAACCAUGACAUUUUUUU